AUUGAAUUUUUACAGAGGGUGGGCUCCGCGUGCCUCAACUCUUUUUGCAGGCAGGUAAUUCGUUAUCGUACUGGUUUCCCACAUCCUUGAAACACCAAAAAAAUCUGGCCUCUUGCCGUUGGUGGUCAGGGUUCCUUGCCUUAUCGUUAGGAAUGAUCUUUUUUAUUUUCAGUUCAUCCUCUUUUUUCCUACUUCUGAAAUCAUGGAUCUCAGAUCUUGGCGAAAUAGCAAAAGUAUGCUGAAUAUAGAGAAAUUAGCGUACAGAUCUUUUCUUGUAUGGCCGUCUGUUUUGGGUUUCUUUCUAGUAGGCCUGUGGUUAGUCUGGCAGGAAACCCCUCCCAAUAGAUAUUCUUCUGUAAUUUUGUUACCACCAUAUCUCAAAGGCUUGCAGUUUUCAUCUGGUUUUGAAGAUCAAUCUUCUGAACCAGUUAACCAGGAGAAGAUUCCUGUAAUAAGAGGAGUGCCUUUGAAAGGAGAGGCUGUAGAAUCCUUUAGGGCUCAUCUUGACUGUUUCAGUGAGUCAGGGAAGUGGGUGUACAAUUCGAUUCCGAGAAAUCUGCCAUGGAAUGGCGCAGGAGACCCAUAUGCCAGUCAAUGUGAUGGCCGCCAUUCAACUGUAGCGGGAAAUGCAGUGGGUGAAUGGGCUAACAUAUUGGCUUCUCAAGGAGGAAAUUGGACUGUUAGGGAAGAGUUGAAGUGGGCAUGGAGGACUAGUGAUAAGUGUCCCUUGGUACCAGUAGAUAGAGAUGAAUUUUGCAGGUUGGUGGGAGCCUAUGGGAAUGUUCUUGUUGUGGGAGAUUCCAUUAAUCACCUUGUACAGUGGUCGCUCAUAAACAAUCUCUUGAAGAACAUAAGUGACCCUAAUGUGGUAAUUGAUUCUUCUAACUGCAGAACUUGCCCAAGCUUUGAGGUUUGCAGUGACAUGGCAGGGCCAGGAAAGAAGGGAUUCAAGGUUGGGUUUGUGAGGAAUGACAGGAUCUCUACCAUCUCCAAUGUCAGUAGCGACACAUUGAACAACUUUUUAGAAUGGCCAUGGCUUCAUCUGCUCAAAGAAUGGGACAUCCACAUCUUACUCUUGAACAGGGGAGCACAUUUUGAAACAGAUGAGAUCUUCUCUGCGUCUCUUCACAGAACAUUCUCUUUACUUCGCUCUCUUUAUCCUGAUCUCCUUGUCCUGUUCCGCAACACUCCACCUGGACAUGAAAACUGUACCAGUUACAGGGGACCCAUAUCAGAACGGCAAGUGAUUGAAAAAGGAAAAGAUAAGUUCCACUGGUCUGAAUUUGAGAGGCAGAAUGCUUUGGCAAAGAAGAUUGUAGAGGAAUAUGAGUACAUAUAUAUGGAUGUUGAUGUGAUGUUGGGCAAGAGACCCGAUGGCCAUAUCAACGAGAAGGAUUGCUUACAUUAUUGCAUUCCAGGCCCUUUGGAUUCUGUGGUAGAAUUGUUUUACAAUAUCUUAAUUCUCCUGCGGACAAGGACAAGAACAACUUUAGAUGCAAAAGCUUAGAAUAGCAUUACAAUUCUUUCAUUUUUUCUCUGUUAUUAUCAUGAAAUUUUGCAGUUAGGAAAUAAUCAAUUUUAGUGGGUCAAUAUUAUAUCUAUUGUUUAAAGAUAAAAGUAGUCUAAUUGUGUAUAUUUUUCACUGUUUAAAACAGCAAUUGUACCACCAAAAAAAUAAUGACAUUCCAAUGGAAUAUGGUGUACUCCAUGAUUGCAUA